AUGGACCAAGAGGAUCAUUCGCCUUCUUUGCUAGCUUCACAAACCACACUGCGGAUUCCCGAUCUCCAGACUGAUCCACCAUGUGAUCCGUCGCUUUGCGAUGAUCCCGCUUCAGUGCCGCUCCCUCCUUCUCCCCCAGCGUCGCCCUCUGCGACCAUGUCCCCCUUGUUAUCGCCUGUUCCCGAGGCGGAACAAAACGUGGGGCCAGGUGAGUUGGAUGGCUCGGCCCGUUCCAGUCCCAGGUUGAUGGCCGACAUCGAAUCUGAAUAUCCGCGCGAUGACUAUUAUUCACCUGCGCCCGCGAUGCCUGAGUCCAAGGAAGAUAUUCUCCAGGUAUCCUUUGAGGAUUUUGCCACCCGGUAUCGCCAGAGCCAGCGGAAACAAACCCAGAGGAAGCGACUAGAACAGCGUCUGCGCGCGACCAAAGUAUCUAUCGGGGUUUUCGCGCGUAUGCUUCGUAUCGGAAAUACUGUUCAGCGCGGCCUUGUUGAAGCUCUAAAACAUGAUGACAAGGCCAAUUUCAUUGCCUUAUAUCAUAUGUUUUAUGAAAUUCAGGAGUCAUGUGUUCCAAACUCCCGUGAGGAUCCUAAUGACUCCCCGGACGACCGUGAACUACCUCCGGAUGCCGAUCUGGACCAUUCCUCGGAUUUCUUUCAUCAAUUAAGCCCCCAAUCCCGGGUGGACUUGCUGGAGAUUUUGCGACUGGUUCGCUCUGACUCACAGUUCUUGGUCGAUCGUCUACGCAGUCUCACCUCAGCCCAGCUGGCUACAUUUACCGCGCCAGCAACCGCAUUGGAUAGUGGCGACCCAGCCUUUCCUUCUUCCCGCCAUCGGGCUCAGUACUCCUAUAAUCGAUCUUCCUUCAAGGACCAUGCGUAUGCCUUUGAGAGAACGGAUCCGCUAUCCAUCUUGCUUUCUAAUGUUUACGCUGCGCCGUUGGAGCCCGAGACACCGGAAGCCCGAUUGCGUGUGGAUGUCUGGUCGUCCGUCUGUGCUCAACUAAUCUCCCAUGGAAGCAAUAGAUUUUAUCCCCUGAUCAACCAGAUUCUUUCUUCCUGGGCCACUGCCAGUAACUGGAAGGCCCGUCCUAAAUUUGAGCUUUACCUUAUGGAUAUUUUACAAACCGGAGCCUUUCUCUUGGAACACACUGACACCUCUCCCGAGGCUUUGGAUCCCUUACGAACGGAUGCCGCCGAGGAGUUCUUUGCUUCUGCCAUUAAUGACCUAUUUCGGGUGCUCGAUGACCCAGAUGGUGGCUUCCCUCGUGCAGUUCUGCAGUUUGCCAAGGCAGUCCUCAGGAAAAUCGAUAACCCUGAUAUUCGCAGCCGCUUCCUGGAGUACCUGUUCCUCCAAUGGUUCUUCCCUAAAUUCCUCUACGGCGCCUUGACUUACCCUGAGACGCACGGCUUGUUGCUCGAUUUUCAUAUACGGAAGGAUGCGCGCGACAAAUUACUCAAUCAAGUCGGCAUGCGAGCAUAUUCUCAAGUUUUUGCCGUGUUGCGCUCCAUGCAUCAUUUCUCUGUAUUGCGACCCUCGAUCAAGGAGCGUGUGACCAGCAUGCUUGGUAAAUUCGAAAGCGUGGUCACAUCCAAGACUUCGACAAUUGAACUACUUCCACUCUCGUCGACCGAUCCAAGCCGGCGCAACUCUUCAUCGGCUUUCCUCUUGUUGUCCGCUACCGAUGUGCUCACACUCUUAGACGCUCUUUUCCCACAAGCAUUUUCCUCGUUCCAUUCCAGCCCAGCUUCUACCGGCAUCCCGUCCUGGUCUGCCAGUCUCUCUCCUACAUAUAAAACUAGGCUGGAGCCGUUUGCUGAACCUGGAUUCUUCCGUCCGAACUGUGAUACAAGCCCGCGACCCUCGUCUCAAAGUGGAUCCAUAUUCUCCAUGGAAUCAUCUAUAGUCUCUGUCCCUGAAACUGGUCUUGGCCAGACCGCCGCUCGGAUCCGCUUUGAGCUGACUGAUCUGGAUGAACCCAAUGAGCGCGCGAGAUUGGAACAUCCAUCUGACGAACACUGGACAAGCUUUUCCGUUUCUAACGAUGGCCAUAGUCUCACCUGGAGUUUACUUCCUGCCCGUGAGCCCGGAUCAUUGAGAGCAACUGCAGUUGAGAGUGAUGAUGAUACUCAAUCUACAAACCUAGGCCUGGAAGAAAAUUAUGAGGCGCUACAAACAGCAAUCAUCCGCCUCGUCAAGGAGAACCAUUUUUACGACUCGGACGAUUACGAUCGGUCGUCAAAAUCCACACACCCUGCCCCCAUGUCGUUGAAACAACGCUUCAACCAGGCCAUGGCUUCUACUACCAAUAUCUCUGACUUCGUUGGAGCCCACUAUUGGUGGAAUGCAUCACGCCAGCUUCGACAAGGGCGAUUGUCCGGCUCCUUGGAUAUUGCAGAUGAUUCGUGGAUUCUCGGCCCAAUGCACAAUUCGUGCACUCGCUCCUUGAAAAAAUCACGGACUGUCGUCGAGCGUUGCGAAACAGACUUUGUUUCCCUGGAUCACAGUUUGCGUCGGCUGCAAACCCAGGUAAAGGAUCUCAUGACCACCAUCUCUAAGGUACGAAACAAGAUGUGGUACAUGACUGAUGUUAAGAAUUCAAUGAGAUAUGAGGAAGCCAGGCAUGUGGCCAUGGCUCUUAAGACAAUGUCUGCGCUAUCGUUGAUUGAUGCUCCUGAAGAGUCAAGAUCCAGAGGAACGGCUCGAUCAUUGGGUGGCUCUCUAUUCCAGAAACCCGAGCUACAAGUGAUGAACAUCAUGAAAGCCCCAAGCAGCCAGGGUGGCCCCAAGAAACUAUCCGAUGAGCAAGUCGAACUGACGCGUAAAUGGUUGUCUCACCACGGCAUUGAAAACUUCUGCAAAGGUGAAGAGAGAAUCCAUCGAUUUUGCUAUGAAGUGCAGACUAGUAUCAAUCGUCUCGUGGGUGAAACUAUGGCAGAGACACCUGUGCUGUGGGCCAGUGAACUCUUCCAGAGGGAACGGGCAAAGUACGAAAGCUACGGCACUCGCUCUUUCCCUGGAUUGUCUAUGCCAACUACACCACGCCCUUCAACGACGACGAGUGAAGAUCCAAUGCAUAAUACGCAUCUUUAUGGAUCUAAUUUCCCGAUUCCUGACCCAGUGUCCAGGCUGCCCCAGGAUAUUCCAUCUCUUGGUCGCAAAACGUCCAUCCAAAGCUUAGUCUCAGACAAAUGGCGACCACAACGGGACAUGCCGUCCACCGAUUACAGCUCUAUUGGUGGCUCCCCGGGCCGUGCUGCUUCCACCUCGACUGGGGAUACAUUCAGCACCUUCUGGUCCGGUGCUCAACGCCACCCUGUGUAUGCUACCAGUUCCUCGAGCAUUUACUCGCGGCCCCCCUCCAUGUUCAGCGAGACUGCAACUCGACAGCCUCGUCGUACUGAACGUAAAACCCAAGGGAAAACUGCAUUCAUGGACAACCUGCGCCAAACACUCACUAGUCUUCUGCUCAGUGACUUAGGCUCUCCAGUCUGGAGCUGCGGCAGCGAGACCGAUGCUUGGUUCACAAAUAUCCUCGAUCAGAGUCGGAUUAGGACGCAAAUGCGGAGAAGGGCUGCUGUACAGAAGUUUUACGCAGAUUAUGACGAGCGGUCACAACAUCUUCGGGAGCGGCGACGGUCACUUGGGGUUCGACGGAGCAGGUCUCUCGAUACCCCCAGUGUGCGCAUGUGUGCCACUGCCAACCCCGACCCCUCCGCUAUCAACGGGGAGUCUUCUCCGGAGGAGGACAACUCUGCUUUCUCAUACAAACUAGUCUUCCACCGACUGAUUGAGGUGUUCUCGCGACAUGGCAACCCGUUUGUCAAACUUAAUGCACUCCGAGACUUGCAGUCAUUGGUUGUGGCCUCGCUAAUAUCAUCUCAAGACGGAAAUACUUCAACUGCUACCGGCCGGGAAUUAUCUACCGAAUGUGAAAGGGGACGGAAUAAUGGCCCUGGGCCGCGCCAGAGGACAUCGCGCCACAGCAUCUCAGAGACUCAAUUGCCCAAAGUGGCCCAAAUGGACGCCGGACCUUCCGUCUCCUCUCCGCCAGAGUCUGUCACCUGUGGCUCACGACAAUCAGCAUUCUUCUCUCCGUCUGAAGAUAAAAUUGUGGCUACCCUCCGCGACCUCAUUCUCGAAGUGAAGCCCAAGACACUGUUUCGGGAUCUUCAAUUCAUCUCAGCGUUUGUCCCCGCGGACCAGCUAAGCAAAAGUGACCGAGGCACAGCUUUCCUGCAAUUUGGCCUUGCCGCACUCAGUCUCAAGGAUGAAGUUUGCCACAGUAUGGUUGAAAUUGCGGACCGUAUCGUCUCUCAGGAGCUCAUGCGCCGUCACCCUCUGCCAGGCGCAGACUUCUACCCACGCCCCGGUCAUGCUAUUGAAGACGCAGCGAGGAUGUGGAUCAUCACCGCUCAAGAGGGCAACCCUGUUGCUCAGCGUGAACUCGCCAUUCUCUACCUUACACAUCCUGAGCUCUUACCUCGCGUCACGCUACCGCUCACUCGUCCCCGAGACACCUUCAAGGCCGAAAUGAUGUAUAUGCGUGGUAAAGACUCCAAAUCAGACCCGCAGAGUAUGUGUCUGGCACUGCACUGGAUGCAGCUGUCUGCUAGUGGAGGUGACGUUCUCGCUCGCAACCGGCUUCGUGAGCGAGAGGAGUUUGAAUCUAUUGCAUGA